AAUGGCGAGUGAUUGGAGACGACAAUCAACGAGUAGAGGAAUUCCGAAUGAGGGACAAAAUGAUGAAAAAGGAAAACCGCUCAUUGGAAGAUCAUUUCUGCUCGAAAUUGAAAAUCGUAUUCUACGAACAAACGUGGCAGAAGGAUUACAUAUUUCUGGUGCUACAAUAAUUGAUUCAUUUGAUGAUGCUUCCCCACAAUGUGUCAUCUCCGAUCACCCGAUGGCUCAAAAAUUAGAAAAAGCAAAGAAAGAUGACCCUCUUUUUAAAAAUGAAAAGAUGCUCAAAAUAAUGCCCGCACUUCUUCGACAAGCAGUGAACAGAAAUAUUAAAGUCAGAACACCGGAAAGAUUUUUAAAUCAAAUGAAUACAUGGCUGGAUCGCCAAGGAAAAACGACAUCAGCAACUACAUCAAAUAGUACAAUUCGUGGAAAACCAUCAUUCGGCCGGGAGAAUAGUGCAAAAAUUGAACGAACGACUCCGAGACUUGUGCCAAGAAUGCCACGUGUCAGCAGUGAUCAGACGUCGAGUCGGCCGAAGGAAGAACGAUGUUUUCUAAGAAUUGAUGUUCCUGGAAAAAGACCAGAAAUUCGGAAUGUCUCGAAAGAAUCAUUUUCAAUUGUUUAUUCUGGAAGAGACACAGGAUUUUCAAUUUUUAAAGCAGCAGAAUCGUCACUUGUGGAAAGAAGGCAACGAGAAUACGAUUCAUUUUUGAAGGGAAAAUAUGAGCCAUCUAAGAAGACUUUCAAAUUUGAUGAACGAGAUAAUUAUUGUCAGUUCUGCCAAAAAACGAUUCUUGGAGACAGGAAAGAUCACGAAAGAACCGAUGAACAUCGCAAUAAGGCUCGAACUCAAGGAAUUACUCAAACAAUGGAAAGAAUUGUUUUGAAUGCUCGAUUACGAGCCGAACGUCAGGAAGCGGCUUUGAAAAGAAAUCAAAGAAAAUCACGAGAAAGUGUGAUGUUUGUAGAAAAGUCGAAACGAGCAAAUGUCGAGUACGAAUAUGGAGAAAAUGAAAUUAAAGCGAAUUGGCUUAUGCUGAAAGCAAAUACAGUGGAAAAGACGACUGAGAAAACAUCGAUUCUUUCUCCACGUCGACGACAGAAAAGAAUGCGGUCACUUUCAAGUCAAGGAGACAUUUAAUUUGUCAUAUAACAUUCUCAUUAUUACUAUUCGAUCUCUUAAAAUGUGUAUUAUCUCACUACAAUAUGUAACUGUAUAUUUGUAUCAAUUCUAGUACUGGUUAUUCGUUUAUUUCUCCCCGAUUUUAUAAUACUUAUUUAUUUUACGGUUAUUUAACUUUCAGCCCAAUUUUUUGUUUCAUUUGCAUUUUAACUUCGGUUUUAACAGGUGCAUAAAUAUUUAUUUCUGAAUUUA